GUUUCUCCGUGAUCAAGAUGGCUGCGGCCGCGGCAUGUGCGGCCGUGAAGAUUGGAAUUAUUGCAGGGACUGGCCUGGAUGAUCCAGACAUACUAGAAUGUCGAACAGAAAAAUACAUUGAUACGCCUUAUGGAAAGCCAUCAGAUGCUCUGAUUUUGGGAAAGAUAAAAAAUGUUGACUGUGUGCUUCUAGCCAGGCAUGGGAGACAUCACACUAUGGUACCAACAAAUAUAAAUUACCGUGCUAAUAUGUGGGCACUGAAGGAAGAGGGUUGUACUCAUCUAAUCGUGACUACUGCCUGUGGUUCAUUAAGAGAAGAGAUUCAGCCUGGAGAUAUUGUCAUAAUUGACCAAUUCAUAGACAGAACAACCAAGAGGCAUCUGACUUUUUACGAUGGAAACCAUCCCUGCCUUCCAGGAGUGUGCCAUGUUUCUAUGGCAGAACCUUUCUGUGCCAAAACUCGAAAGGUUCUGAUAGAUGUUGCAAAGAAGCUUGGGAUCAAGUGUCACUCAAAGGGAACCAUGAUCACAGUGGAAGGGCCACGUUUUAGUUCUCGGGCAGAGAGUCUAAUGUUUCGCAAUUGGGGGGGUGAUGUGAUCAAUAUGACAACAGUCCCUGAAGUGGUUCUUGCGAAGGAAGCUGGCAUCUGUUAUGCAAGUAUUGCUAUGGCAACAGACUAUGACUGCUGGAAAGAACAUGAAGAAGCGGUUUCAGUGGAUAAAGUGUUGAAGACAUUGAAAGAAAAUGCUAAUAAAGCGACUAGCUUACUGCUUUCUGCUAUACCUCAAAUUGGGUGCGUGGAUUGGACAGAAACCCUGCAGACCAUGAAAAAUACUGUGCAGUUGUCCGUUAUAUUACCAAAACAUUGAAAGUGUGGCAAGUCAUUCAAGACAACCAAGAAGAUGGAUCUUUUGAAACUGUGAUAAUACCCUGAAAGAAGGUGGUUCAGGCACACAACAUUUUUCAUUAUUGUUUGCUAAUAUAUGCCUUGUUUUGGCACACAUUUUGAUAGAGCUUGAGGAACGAAACAUUCCUACCAGACUGGCAAUGACUUGACUGUAAUAACUGACAUUGUGAAGAAUAUGAAUUGAAUAGCAAAUGUAUAAUAAUAAUGCUUUGUCGACAUGAGAGAAAAAUACAGUUUAGCUAUUAUUCCAUCUCAACUCCAGAGGGGUUGGGGGGGAGGAGGGGGGAACUAAAGAAAGCCAAAAGUCAGAAAUGUGUAAAUCUGUUUCUUUGAUAGGUCCUCUUUCAGUGCAUUUUUUUAAAUGCAAAGAAACAGUUGUUGAGUUAAAUGUAUUACCUUUAGUACUUCUUUAUUUUUAUAUCUUUCAUAAAAUGUAUUCACUUUAUAAAAACAGCUGCCUUCUACAUAGGGAUCUCUAUAAAUUUGGAAUGUCUUCAUGGUUAAGAUUGGCAGUGUUUCAACACUGUAUGUAUACGUAUUUAGAUAUUUGGAAAAGGUUGGUUGCUAAAGAGGCCUUUAGAUAAAAAACAAUUCUAUUGUUAUGAGUAUGCUAAGGCCAUUUUUCUUUGACCCUUCAUGAUAGUGUCUUGGAUAUUUUUAAGUUGAUGUGGUUUUUUAAAUAAUGACCUCUUAUUUUUGUGCUUUUUACAAUGAUAUCCUUCGACGUCUUAUGUAUCAUGUGGAUUUGACUGUAUGGUCUUUUUAACCAUUACAAGCUGCUUUAUGAUUUUUGGUGGGGGGAAGUGAUCUAUAUGUUCUUAAAAUAAACAACAAAUAAAAGAUGUUUGGAGAGCAUCCAAGAUUACCUACAUGCAUGUGUACUGAUGGACAGAAUGUAGAGCAACUCCAUCGGAGGCUCUGGUACAGGCCUCCUACCAGCAGGAGGCUGACUUUGCAACUGCCGGAGUCCCGCACCCCUGCUUGAAGGUCCACACGAUCACUUCAAGAGUAGUCCUGAUGUGCCUUGCAUCAGUGAUGCAGUGUCUACUGUUUCCAGCUAGCUUGAAAACAAUGGGAGUUGUAGUUCCAUACACCUGGCGGGUACCAUCCUGGAGAAAGCUACCUCGUACUAGUUCAGGAACCACCCCCAGUGCAAUAGUUACUCCCAGCAAAAGCACUCAGACUAUGUGCCAGGCCUUAGGCAGGUGGAAGUUUCUGAAGGCGUCACUGGGCGAUAACAAAUGGCUUCUCCAGGAAAUAAGUAAUUGGAUUGAAAGAUGUAGAAGAAUUUAGUUGUGGUAAAAAACCAAACUCAUGCACAGAUGUUCUUGUGCACGGGAAAGGACAGUUUUUCAAAGAAUAUUACAUGAUUUCUAGAGUUCAUGAUUACUGUUAUUCCUGUACCUUUUAAGAAUGGCCACUUCAAAGGGUUUCCUGAAAAUUUAUGCACACUUGAAGCUUGCUGGUUUUCCCAUGUGAGUUCAUAACACGAUGGAACGGGCAUGAAGAGUGGCAGUUAAUCGCUAAAGUGUCAUUUGUGGGAGAGGGUGGGGUCGAAACUGGACUUUGAAGGUACGCUAUUUCUUUGAUGAAUGUUCUAGGCUUGACUUUUUUAGAACAGUAUCAAUGAUCUUCAUACAGUUCAUUUCAUUAACUGUGUAAUCUGCCCAGAGAGCCUUUGGAAAUAAAUGAAAUUUUAAAAAAAUAUCUGCUAGAGUAGGCUUGAUGCCCACAUUGGCCUUCUUAAGAAACGAGCAUGCUUCUUUAAUCAAAUAAAAACCAAAUGUCACCUC